AUGUCGCUCCCCCGAAAUGACUCUGCCGGCGUGCCCGAUCGACCCGCCGGCUCACGGGGAUCAGAGGAGCAUGAAGCGCUGAUUUCCGACAGUCUUUUGGCGGAGAACCACCAGUUCAUAGGACUCACGGAAGAAGACAAUAAACGCAUACGACGUAAGACCGACCUCCACAUCCUAGCCAUUCUGGUCUGGGUCUAUUUUCUGCAGAUCCUGGAUAAGUCGGUUCUUGGCUACGGUGCUAUAUUCGGCUUGAGAGAGGACUGCGAGCUGACCGGCAAUCAAUAUUCCAUGGUCAGCUCCGCUUCAGCUGUCGCCCAGCUCUUGGUAAUGCCCCUCACCUCUUGGAUCAUGGUUAGAGUGCCGCAUCGGACUCUGAUGGCAUCUCUUGUCCUCGGGUGGGGGGCGGCCCAGACCUUCAUGGCCGCUUGUAACGGUUUUACCGGGCUCCUCAUCACGAGGUUUCUACUGGGGGUCUUUGAGGCAGGCUGUCUCCCCCUAUUUUCCAUCAUCACUUCCCAGUGGUACCGCCGGGCCGAGCAGCCAAUCCGUGUUGCCGCCUGGUACGGUACCAACGGUCUCUCAACGAUGCUCGCGGCCGCUGUAUCUAAUGCUUUUGGUCAUAUCCAUAGUGGAGUUGCCUCUUGGCGUAUUCUAUUUCUGUUUGUUGGUCUAAUGACUGUUCUCUCGUCACCGAUAGUUUACUAUAUCAUGGACAGUGAUAUCUCAACUGCCUGGUUCCUAACCAAGCGAGAGAGGCUGCAGGCUCUUGAGCGGUUGCGGACUAAUAAGACUGGGAUGGGAUCCCAUGAAUUCAAGUGGAACCAAGCUUUCGAGGGUAUUUAUGAGAUUAAGAGCUUGCUGUUUGUCGGGAUGGCGGUAUGCAUCAACGUCACUGCUGCUGUGGCCAAUACCUUUGGCCCUAUUGUUGUGGAGGGAUUUGGCUUCAGCCCGGAGAAGGCUUCUUUGCUCAACAUCCCCUUUGGUGCCGUCCAACUUCUCGUCAUCUUCCCAGCAUCAUAUCUCGCUCAUCGAUUUCGGAUAAAGUCUCUAUUCCUCAGCCUGGUUCUCCUCCCGGUGCUUGGAGGGAGCAUCAUGCUCCACGUUCUGGACCGUGACAGAACAAUGCUCUUGCUGACUGCAUACUACGCACUAGCAUUUGUCUUUGGUGCAAACCCGUUGCUCGUUUCUUGGAUCAUCUCUAAUGUGGGCGGAACCACGAAGAAAUCCGUCCUGUUGGCUUUAUACAACUUUGGCACGUCCGCUGGCAAUAUCACGGGUCCUCUACUCUUCCAUUCCGAUGAUGCGCCCUACUACAGACCAGGUCUACAGGUCACUAUGGCCAUCACUUGCAUCCUGAUUGCCAUCAUCGCACUUCAGGUAGCGCAUCUUUUCUUUCUCAAUAAGAAACACCAGCGCUCGCGUGUGGCGCACGGCAAGCCCGCCACACUUCACGACACCAGCAUGGAGCACGAGUAUGUCGGCGCAGAUCAAAAUGCGAGCAACGACCAGCAGUUAGGCACCGAUCCGUUUGAUGAUUUGACUGAUUCGAAGAAUGACGAAUUUGUUUACGUGUAUUGA